AUGUCAACUCUCCAGAACACCUCAUCUUCUUCCAUCAUUUUCCUGCUCACUGGUGUGCCUGGGCUGGAAGCCUACCACACCUGGAUCUCCAUCCCCUUCUGCCUUCUCUACACAACUGCCCUCUCAGGGAACAGCCUGAUUCUCUUCGCCAUUAUCACUCAGCCCAGCCUCCACGAGCCCAUGUAUUAUUUCCUCUCCAUGCUGUCCACAGCUGACCUCGGACUGUCCAUAUCCACUCUGGCCACCAUGCUGGGGAUAUUCUGGUUCAAUGCCAGGGAGAUCAGCUUCAAUGCCUGCUUGUCACAGAUGUUCUUCAUCCAACUCUUCACUGUCAUGGAGUCCUCAGUGCUGCUGGCCAUGGCUUUUGAUCGCUAUGUGGCCAUCUCCAAUCCUCUUAGAUAUGCCACUGUCUUAACUGAUCUUAAAGUAGUAGCGAUUGGGGCAGCAAUGGUUGCGCGCGGAACACUGAUCCAGACUCCCCUGGCAGUGCUCCUGAAGAGACUGUCCUUCUGCAGCAGCCAUGUGCUCCGCCACUCCUACUGCUUCCACCCCGAUGUCAUGAAGCUCUCAUGCACAGACACCAGGGUCAACAGUGCACUUGGGCUCACUGCCCUGAUCUCCACUGCUGGAGUGGACUCUGUCUUCAUCCUCCUUUCCUAUGUCUUGAUCAUCCACUCUGUGCUCUGCACUGCUUUCAGGGAGAGAUGGGAGAAGGUACUUGGUGCUUUCAUCUCCCAUCUCAGGGCUGCUGCCAUCCUCUACAACUGCAACACCUCUUUGUCUCUGGUGCAGAGAUUUGGGAAGCACGAUGCUCCCAUUCUGUACAUUUUCAUUUGUCACAUACACUUGGUGAGUAGCAUAGGCAGUAUUAUGAACCCAGUUAUUUUUAAUUCCAAUAUCCAUACUCUCAAAAAAGCUUAUUUCACUGAAACGUAA